AAGAGCACGAUGGCACUGCUCCAUAGAACCGACUCUCAGCUACAAAGCCCCGCUUCCCAGCAGCCCCCAGCUCUCGCUCUCUGCGUUUUCAGCAACGAUGAACGGGAGCCUCCGUGCCGCGCUUGUAAAAUCCCGCCCCGGCGGAGCCAUGGGUCCGUUCACCAAGGCCGCCAUCGGGGGUAGUGUUGCAGCAGGAGCGUUCCUCGUGGGCUUCCCGUUGGUCGUCUCGUCGCUGGGCUUCACGGCCGCCGGCAUCGCCGCGGGCUCCGUAGCCGCCAAGAUGAUGUCGGUGGCGGCCAUAGCCAACGGCGGCGGGGUGGCUGCGGGCAGCACCGUAGCCGUGCUGCAGUCGAUCGGAGCCGCGGGGCUGUCCCUUGGUGCCAAAGUCGGGCUGACCUCCGCCUUCGCCUCGCUCGGGGCGCUGAUCGGUUCGAAGAUCCCUUCCGGGGAGGAUGAUGAAGCCGAGGAACCAGCUGCUGCGUGACCAGCGCUGGGACCGUACCCUCAACCCAGGGCAAUGAGAGCGUGAACUCAAUAAACGUGAAGCAGAGGA